AUGGAUUUCUUGAGUUGCAUUCUACUGUGUCUUAUAGUUGCCUGGAUCUCAAUCCAUGCCCUCUAUCAUUCAUUUGCAAGAACAAGUCCCAAAAAGCUUCCAUCUGGACCAAAGCCACUUCCUUUCAUUGGAAAUCUUCUAGAGCUUGGAAACCAACCCCACCUCUCCCUAACUAAGCUUUCACAACGCUAUGGCCCCGUUAUGACUUCACAUCUAGCCCAAAUCACAACUGUUGUAGUUCCUUCAUCCGCCAUAGCUAAACAAGUCCUCCAAACCCAUGACCAAUUGUUUUGCAACGGAACAGUAUUAGAUUCAGUCCAAGCCUGUAAACAUGGCGAGAACGGCAUGCCCUGGAUACCUGUUUCCGCUAAGUGGAGAAACCUUCGCAUAAUAUGCAACUCCCAAUUGUUCGCCACCAAAGUUCUGGACGUCAGCCAAGCCAACCGUCACCUAAAAGUGCAAGAGCUCAUAGUUGAUGUCCAUGAAAGCGUUGUAGAAGGUGAUGCAGUGGAGAUUGGAAGGGCUGCUUUCAAAACUACGCUGAUAUCAAACUCUCAAAA